AUGUCGCGCCGGGACUUUCAGCCAGUUGCGGCGCCAGCGGCCGGUCUCGUUGCCCUGCUGCUCGUCGCAGCGGCAGCUGGCGGAGUGCGCGGAUCGGGGGGGAAUGCGGCGCUACCCCGCAAGCUGGCCGCGGGCGGAAGCGGAAACAGUGCCGCGGCGGAGCCCGCGGCGGAGCUAGUGAAGGAUUCCCCCCGUGCUUCCGUUUCCGCGGAGGGGGACGGGCUUGUAGUGAAGGAAUCCGCGCCUUCCGCCAGUGGCGGUGAGACGGACGCACAAAUUCCGCCGCUGCAGCUGAUUCUGGCGGAAGAAGGGCGCGCGGAGGGCGCAGUGUGCUUGGACGGAUCGGCCCCUGGGUUCUACUAUCGGAAGGGCUACGGCUCGGGACAGAACAACUGGUUGCUGUUUUACGAGGGCGGCGCGUGGUGCGCGACUCCCCACGGCUGCGCGUACAGGGCGCACACGCGCCUGGAGUCCACGGACCACGCGGUUCCAGUGGCGGAGAUGGUGGAUCCGCAGGAUGGCAGCAUGAACGGCAUGCUUAGCUCCAACCGCACCGUCAACCCUGGCUUCUACAACUGGAACGCCGUCUAUUUCAUCUACUGCGAUGGCGGCUCCUUCUCAGGCCACCAGGACCAGCCCGUUCGCUUCAAUGUCAGUCAUCUCUCACCUGCCUCUCCCUCACCUGCCUCUCUGCCUCUCCGCCUCUCCGCCUCUCCGCCUCUCCGCCUCUCCGCCUCUCGCCGCUCAUACCCUCCUCCUCUCCCCCUCUUCCUCUCUCCCCCUCACCGCCUCUCCCUAUCCCCCUCUUUACAUCUCCGCCUCUCAGUCUCUCCUCCUCUCCGCCUGUUCGUCUCUCCCUACACCUUUUUGCAUUCCCUCUCUCUCCGCCUCUCCACCUCUCCGCUUCUCGUCGUGCUGUUUCUUCCUUCUCAUUCUCCCCUCCCCGAGUCCACCUCCCUCCCAGCCCACGGCAUUCCCCACCCCAACCGCACGACAGUGGCCAAGACUCGGAAGGCCCCUAUCAGACGUCCCAUCUCAGACGACUCACAGAUCCAGCCCACCUCGCUCAUGCUCGUGAAACCGGACAAUCCAGGCGUGGCGGGCAGGGCAGGCGCUGCGGACAGGGAAGGCACGCGCGAGCUCUUUGAGCUUGACCACGUGGCGGGGGAGGGCGCAUCGCAGGAGGAGAUGUUUGAGCUGGCAGGGCGGCCCAUGGUGGAAAACUGCCUCGCCGGCUACAACAGCACCCUCUUCGCCUAUGGCCAGACUGGCAGCGGAAAGACUUAUACAAUGUUCGGAGAUGGCGUGGGGAAGGAUGAAGAUGAGUUGGGGCAAGAAUGGGGAAUCAUCCUGCGAGAAGAAGCAGAGGCCGAGUUGGACUCGACAGGGGCCGUGGGACAACGGCGCACUGAGGCGAACUUCAUUAACAAGUCCCACUCCCACCUCGGACGGGUGAUGCUGAAGCUGCAGCAGGCGGCGUCGCACGUGCCGUACCGAGAUUCUAAGCUCACCCACCUCCUCCAGGACUCCCUUGGCGGAAACUCGAGGACUAAUAUGAUUGCGUGCAUCAGCCCGGCUGCAGAGUGGCACCACGAGUCGCUCAGCACGCUCAGGUUCGCAGUAGGGGCGAGGGAGGUGCGCAACAAGGCAGUGGUGAACGAGGCCGCGAUGGGUCAGCAGGGCGCCCUGCAGAAGGAAAACGCGCGGCUCAAGGACAAUAUUCACCGCAUAUGUGAGCUUAUGCAUGAGCUCUGCACCUGCGGAGCCUAUCUGAGCCUGGGAGAGGGGUUAGCGACAAUGGAGGAGGGGGAAGGGAAGGAGGAAGAGGUGGAAGGGGAGGAGGAGGUGGUGGAUGGGGAGGAGGAGGAGGUGGAGGGGGAGGAGGAGCAGCAGGAGGUAAGUGGGUUGAAUGCUGUGACGAGUGAUGUGGUGAGUGUGAUGGAUCAGCAUCCCCUGUCCUUCUACUAUGUGAAAGGUGCAAAAACUUGCAGUAAGCGGAGAGAACUCAGCAAGACUUUGCACCCUCCCUCCCCUCUCUGCCCCCCCUCCGCUUCCCUCCCUCCCCUCCCUGCCCCCCCUCCGCUUCCCUUCCUCCCCUCUCUGCCCCCCCUCCGCUUCCCUUCCUCCCCUCUCUGCCCCCCCUCCGCUUCCCUUCCUCCCCUCUCUGCCCCCCCUCCGCUUCCCUUCCUCCCCUCUCUGCCCCCCCUCCGCUUCCCUUCCUCCCCUCUCUGCCCCCCCUCCGCUUCCCUCCCUCCCCUCCCUGCCCCCCCUCCGCUUCCCUCCCUCCCCUCCCUGCCCCCCCUCCGCUUCCCUCCCUCCCCUCCCUGCCCCCCCUCCGCUUCCCUCCCUCCCCUCCCUGCCCCCCCUCCGCUUCCCUCCCUCCCCUCCCUGCCCCCCCUCCGCUUCCCUUCCUCCCCUCUCUGCCCCCCCUCCGCUUCCCUCCCUCCCCUCCCUGCCCCCCCUCCGCUUCCCUUCCUCCCCUCCCUGCCCCCCCUCCGCUUCCCUCCCUCCUCCCUCCCCUCCCUGCCCCCCCUCCGCUUCCCUCCCUCCCCUCCCUGCCCCCCCUCCGCUUCCCUCCCUCCCCUCCCUGCCCCCCCUCCGCUUCCCUUCCUCCCCUCUCUGCCCCCCCUCCGCUUCCCUUCCUCCCCUCUCUGCCCCCCCUCCGCUUCCCUCCCUCCCCUCCCUGCCCCCCCUCCGCUUCCCUCCAUCCCCUCCCUGCCUUCCCUCCCCUCCAUCCCUCCCCUCCCUGCCCUCCCUCCCUUUUCCGUCUCGCCGCCCCACCAGGAGAGCGGAAUCAACAGGAAUCUUGAGGCGGUGUUUUCCGGCGCCAAGGGGCUUGAAGCUCCCCUUCCCAUGAGGGGCAAGGCUGCGGCAGCAGAGCGAGAGAGAGUGGCAGGGCAGGACGAGGCGGUGAAGAGGGCUAUGGAGGAGAGGGAUGAGGCACUGCAAUUGGCGAAUGAGCGGCUGAGGAAGGUAGAGGAAUUGGAGGAGAUGGUGCGAAAGGCGGAAAAGAGGGCGGAAGGGUAUGAAUUGUUGCAGGAAGAAGCAGCAAGGAAGGUGCAAGAGGCGCAAGAAGAAGCGGCAAGGAAGGUGCAAGAGGCAAAGGAAGAAGCGGCAGCGGCGGGGGAGAGAGCGCGAGAGAGAGAGACGGGACAGGAGGAGGAGGGAAAGAGGGUUAUGGAGCAGAGAGAUGAGGCACGGCGACAAAUGGGUGAGCUGGUAAGAAAGGUAGAGGAAUCGGAGGAGGAGAGAGGGCGUGUGGCGGAGGAGGGAAAGAGGGCGAGGGAGGAGAGAGACGAGGCACGGCAACAAGUGGGUGAGCUGGUGAGAAAGGUAGAGGAAUCGGAGGAGGAGAGAGGGCGUGUGGCGGAGGAGGGAAAGAGGGCGAGGGAGGAGAGAGACGAGGCACGGCAACAAGUGGGUGAGCUGGUGAGAAAGGUAGAGGAAUCGGAGGAGGAGAGAGGGCGUGUGGCGGAGGAGGGAAAGAGGGCGAGGGAGGAGAGAGACGAGGCACGGCAACAAGUGGGUGAGCUGGUGAGAAAGGUAGAGGAAUCGGAGGAGGAGAGAGGGCGUGUGGCGGAGGAGGGAAAGAGGGCGAGGGAGGAGAGAGAUGAGGCACGGCAACAAGUGGGUGAGCUGGUGAGGAAGGUAGAGGAAUCGGAGGAGGAGAAAGGGCUCGUGGCAGAGGAGGGAAAGAGGGCGAGGGAGGAGAGAGACGAGGCACGGCGACAAGUGGAUGAGCUGGUAAGAAAGGUAGAGGAAUCGGAGGAGGAGAGAGGGCGUGUGGCGGAGGAGGGAAAGAGGGCGAGGGAGGAGAGAGACGAGGCACGGCAACAAGUGGGUGAGCUGGUGAGAAAGGUAGAGGAAUCGGAGGAGGAGAGAGGGCGUGUGGCGGAGGAGGGAAAGAGGGCGAGGGAGGAGAGAGAUGAGGCACGGCAACAAGUGGGUGAGCUGGUGAGGAAGGUCGAGGAAUCGGAGGAGGAGAAAGGGCUCUUGGCAGAGGAGGGAAAGAGGGCGAGGGAGGAGAGAGAUGAGGCACGGCAACAAGUGGGUGAGCUGGUGAGGAAGGUAGAGGAAUCGGAGGAGGAGAAAGGGCUCGUGGCAGAGGAGGGAAAGAGGGCGAGGGAGGAGAGAGACGAGGCACGGCGACAAGUGGAUGAGCUGGUAAGAAAGGUAGAGGAAUCGGAGGAGGAGAGAGGGCGUGUGGCGGAGGAGGGAAAGAGGGCGAGGGAGGAGAGAGACGAGGCACGGCAACAAGUGGGUGAGCUGGUGAGAAAGGUAGAGGAAUCGGAGGAGGAGAGAGGGCGUGUGGCGGAGGAGGGAAAGAGGGCGAGGGAGGAGAGAGAUGAGGCACGGCAACAAGUGGGUGAGCUGGUGAGGAAGGUAGAGGAAUCGGAGGAGGAGAAAGGGCUCGUGGCAGAGGAGGGAAAGAGGGCGAGGGAGGAGAGAGAUGAGGCACGGCAACAAGUGGGUGAGCUGGUGAGGAAGGUCGAGGAAUCGGAGGAGGAGAAAGGGCUCUUGGCAGAGGAGGGAAAGAGGGCGAGGGAGGAGAGAGAUGAGGCACGGCAACAAGUGGGUGAGCUGGUGAGGAAGGUAGAGGAAUCGGAGGAGGAGAAAGGGCUCGUGGCAGAGGAGGGAAAGAGGGCGAGGGAGGAGAGAGACGAGGCACGGCGACAAGUGGAUGAGCUGGUAAGAAAGGUAGAGGAAUCGGAGGAGGAGAGAGGGCGUGUGGCGGAGGAGGGAAAGAGGGCGAGGGAGGAGAGAGACGAGGCACGGCAACAAGUGGGUGAGCUGGUGAGAAAGGUAGAGGAAUCGGAGGAGGAGAGAGGGCGUGUGGCGGAGGAGGGAAAGAGGGCGAGGGAGGAGAGAGAUGAGGCACGGCAACAAGUGGGUGAGCUGGUGAGGAAGGUAGAGGAAUCGGAGGAGGAGAAAGGGCUCGUGGCAGAGGAGGGAAAGAGGGCGAGGGAGGAGAGAGAUGAGGCACGGCAACAAGUGGGUGAGCUGGUGAGGAAGGUAGAGGAAUCGGAGGAGGAGAAAGGGCUCGUGGCAGAGGAGGGAAAGAGGGCGAGGGAGGAGAGAGAUGAGGCACGGCAACAAGUGGGUGAGCUGGUGAGGAAGGUAGAGGAAUCGGAGGAGGAGAAAGGGCUCGUGGCAGAGGAGGGAAAGAGGGCGAGGGAGGAGAGAGAUGAGGCACGGCAACAAGUGGGUGAGCUGGUGAGAAAGGUAGAGGAAUCGGAGGAGGAGAGAGGGCGUGUGGCGGAGGAGGGAAAGAGGGCGAGGGAGGAGAGAGAUGAGGCACGGCAACAAGUGGGUGAGCUGGUGAGGAAGGUAGAGGAAUCGGAGGAGGAGAAAGGGCUCUUGGCAGAGGAGGGAAAGAGGGCGAGGGAGGAGAGAGAUGAGGCACGGCAACAAGUGGGUGAGCUGGUGAGGAAGGUAGAGGAAUCGGAGGAGGAGAAAGGGCUCGUGGCAGAGGAGGGAAAGAGGGCGAGGGAGGAGAGAGACGAGGCACGGCGACAAGUGGAUGAGCUGGUAAGAAAGGUAGAGGAAUCGGAGGAGGAGAGAGGGCGUGUGGCGGAGGAGGGAAAGAGGGCGAGGGAGGAGAGAGAUGAGGCACGGCAACAAGUGGGUGAGCUGGUGAGGAAGGUAGAGGAAUCGGAGGAGGAGAAAGGGCUCGUGGCAGAGGAGGGAAAGAGGGCGAGGGAGGAGAGAGACGAGGCACGGCGACAAGUGGAUGAGCUGGUAAGAAAGGUAGAGGAAUCGGAGGAGGAGAGAGGGCGUGUGGCGGAGGAGGGAAAGAGGGCGAGGGAGGAGAGAGACGAGGCACGGCAACAAGUGGGUGAGCUGGUGAGAAAGGUAGAGGAAUCGGAGGAGGAGAGAGGGCGUGUGGCGGAGGAGGGAAAGAGGGCGAGGGAGGAGAGAGAUGAGGCACGGCAACAAGUGGGUGAGCUGGUGAGGAAGGUAGAGGAAUCGGAGGAGGAGAAAGGGCUCGUGGCAGAGGAGGGAAAGAGGGCGAGGGAGGAGAGAGACGAGGCACGGCGACAAGUGGAUGAGCUGGUAAGAAAGGUAGAGGAAUCGGAGGAGGAGAGAGGGCGUGUGGCGGAGGAGGGAAAGAGGGCGAGGGAGGAGAGAGACGAGGCACGGCAACAAGUGGGUGAGCUGGUGAGAAAGGUAGAGGAAUCGGAGGAGGAGAGAGGGCGUGUGGCGGAGGAGGGAAAGAGGGCGAGGGAGGAGAGAGAUGAGGCACGGCAACAAGUGGGUGAGCUGGUGAGGAAGGUCGAGGAAUCGGAGGAGGAGAAAGGGCUCUUGGCAGAGGAGGGAAAGAGGGCGAGGGAGGAGAGAGAUGAGGCACGGCAACAAGUGGGUGAGCUGGUGAGGAAGGUAGAGGAAUCGGAGGAGGAGAAAGGGCUCGUGGCAGAGGAGGGAAAGAGGGCGAGGGAGGAGAGAGACGAGGCACGGCGACAAGUGGAUGAGCUGGUAAGAAAGGUAGAGGAAUCGGAGGAGGAGAGAGGGCGUGUGGCGGAGGAGGGAAAGAGGGCGAGGGAGGAGAGAGACGAGGCACGGCAACAAGUGGGUGAGCUGGUGAGAAAGGUAGAGGAAUCGGAGGAGGAGAGAGGGCGUGUGGCGGAGGAGGGAAAGAGGGCGAGGGAGGAGAGAGAUGAGGCACGGCAACAAGUGGGUGAGCUGGUGAGGAAGGUAGAGGAAUCGGAGGAGGAGAAAGGGCUCGUGGCAGAGGAGGGAAAGAGGGCGAGGGAGGAGAGAGAUGAGGCACGGCAACAAGUGGGUGAGCUGGUGAGGAAGGUAGAGGAAUCGGAGGAGGAGAAAGGGCUCGUGGCAGAGGAGGGAAAGAGGGCGAGGGAGGAGAGAGAUGAGGCACGGCAACAAGUGGGUGAGCUGGUGAGGAAGGUAGAGGAAUCGGAGGAGGAGAAAGGGCUCGUGGCAGAGGAGGGAAAGAGGGCGAGGGAGGAGAGAGAUGAGGCACGGCAACAAGUGGGUGAGCUGGUGAGGAAGGUAGAGAAAUCGGAGGAGGAGAAAGGGCGCGUGGCAGAGGAGGGAAAGAGGGCGAGGGAGGAGAGAGACGAGGCACGGCGACAAGUGGAUGAGCUGGUGAGGAAGGUAGAGAAAUCGGAGGAGGAGAGAGGGCGCGUGGCAGAGGAGGGAGCAGAAGCAGCAGUAGCCCCAGCCCCUGCCCCAGCAGCAGCAGCGGCCGCAGCACAGGGCACAGCAGAGGGUACAGCAGCUGCAAACGAGGAUGGAGAAGCAAGCGGAGGGGGAGAGAAUGCGAUUGAGGGGGCAGAAAGAGAAUCAGAAAGAGGAAAAGGAGCACACGCUGCACCAUUGGAGGAAGGGGAGGUGCUGGAGUGGGAGGAGGGGGGGGUGUUGGAGGAAGGGCAGGUGCUGGAGGGGGAGGAUGGGGGGGUGUUGGAGGAAGGGGAGAAGGAGGAGAAGGAGGAGGAGCCAUCGGGCGAGAAGCUUGCUUGCGCGCUGCAGCGCAGCUGGAGAGGCCUGAUGGAGGCCGACAAGGUUGCUUGCGCGCUCGAGGCUGUGGGACGAGGAGCCGCAGCGUUCCUCAGCGGCACAGAAGACAAGCCCGUCAACGAGGAGUCAUUGGGGCGGGCAGGAGACGAGGAGCCAGUUGCAUGGCACGCCACGGCGGCACGGCGGCCCAACCCCAGGCCGAGAAGGCGACAGGAGUUGCGAGAGAUUGCGAGGCAGCUUAGGAAGUUGAAGUCAGAGCCGGAUAAAGUGAGCCGUCAUGCACCCAAAACUGCACAGCAGCAGCAGCAGCACUACCAGCAGCAGCAGUGGCAGUGGCCAGCAGCAGCAGCAGCAGCAGCAGCAGCAGCAGCAGUGCCAGCAACAGCAGCAGCACUGCCAGCAGCAGCAGCAGCGAGCACAGCGAGCAACAGCGAGCACAGCGAGCACCAGCAGCAGCACAGCGAGCACCAGCAGCAGCAGCAGCACCACCAGCAGCUGCAGCAGGAGCGGCAGGAGCGACUGCAGCAGCAACUGGAGCAGCUGCCGCCGUACCAGCUGCUCCCCAAACUGCGCCAGCUGCAGAAGGAGCAGAGUCCACAGCAGAAUGUGGUCAACCUUCCGGGUAUCUUGAAGAGUAAGAAGCGGUGGCGGGUCCGGGUGUGUGUCCAAGGGACCGAAAGGGAGGAGAGCAGUUGGAUGGAGGAGCUAGAGGCUGCGUGCUGGUCUGCCUUAACUCGCGUGCUGUUCACCGUUGAGUCCACGGAGAAUGACACGGCUGAAAUGUUACGCUAUGUUAGCUGGAUCCUCACCCCCGACGAGAUCGACGCUCUACGCGCGGAGCGGAACAGCUUGACGUUCCUCGCUUUCUAUGACCGCAUCAUUCACACAAGAGAGUAUGCCAGAAAAAGCGAGUGGGGUCGCGAGUUUGAGCAAGGAAGCACUCUCUGGAAGUUGUGGCAUCGGCACUGCCCGCUGAAGCUGCGGGUGCCAGUGUGA